CAGAACCUAGAAUACGUUUCGGUUGGGUUUCUGUUUACCUAAGAAGCCUGGCUCCAAGCUGAAAUGUUGAUGUUCAUACGUUAAGAGGUUAAUUAAACUGUUUGGUAUUUCCGAAUUAGGAGAACAUUAACUACGUUUAAGAGUGGCUUCUAAGGGGCGAUUAGAGUAGCAAAUACACACAUGAAGGAAGAACAAGGAAGAACAUGUGCAAAUCCGUUCCAUUCAGCUGAACUUCACAACUUGUAAUUCCCAAACUCCAUCCAGGAAAAGCAUGAACUCCAUCAUCACCCUGACAAAACUGCAGCAGCAAUUUGUAACCAAUGUUAUACCUCGCAUGAUUGAUCAAACUGAACUUCAGAAGAACAGAGACAUGACUGAUGAUUCCAAAAGUGUUGAGAUCCGGUCCAGCGGUGAUUUGUGGUCAGAGAUCUGCUCAGAUCUGCCAGAGCCAGUGGAGCACGGGACCACUGACGAACACUUCACAGAUUCAUUCCAGCCUCAAUGUCCUGUGAGCAACCAGAGCAGCUUCAUCCCUCCUAGCAACCUUACGUCUUCCAGUCAGUGGGAACCGAUGGCAGAUUCUGCAGUCUACAUCGCCAGCUUGGAAAACCGUUUGAAGAGGAUUAAAGGUCAGUCAAAUGAAGUCACAUCCAGGGAAAUGCUGCGCUCAUUGUCUCAGGCCAAAAAAGAGUGCUGGGACAGGUUCCUCCAUGAUGCCCAGACUUCAGAGUUAUUCCAGGAAGGAGAUCUGGAUCAGAGGCAAGUGAGGAACAAGUCACAUCAUUUUGUUCUACUCUGGUGUUCCUAUGGUGCUUUGGAGCAGCUAAAGCGUUGGUUUUCUCCAGAGCGUGUAGCAAUCAGUGCAGAAGAGCUGGAGUACCUCCUAUUUCCGUCUAAGAGCAGAGAGAGCGCUCCACAUCACCCAUCCAGUAUAGGUUAUUCCACAGAAGAGCUGGACGAGGAAGAAUGUUCAAGUCCCGAGAAAUAAGUCGCCUCAUUCCCCCAAGGAUUGUAGUACCAUAAAGCAGGAGAUGGUCAUGUAUUUGAGAUUCCGAAGUAAUAACGAAAAAGUUUUAAAGGAGAACACCACACUCAAAUGAAACUCGCAUUAAAUAUGUUCAUAUUGAAAUAAUUGUACAAAUGAUUGGCUGUUCUUUUAUUGAUUUAUUGGUUAAUGCAGCAUUUCUUUUUAUUCCUGGGAGAAGUUAUAGAUUUUGUGGAGUUACAAGGGGAGCCGACACAGUUACAGUAGUGUUCAGUAGGAAGAAAAAAUGUGAGGUCCUAAAAACAAAAGAACAUUUUCUCACACACCAUUUUUAGUAACAUGAUACUAAAAGAAGACUCACUUCAGCUAGUAAGCCAUCUAUAAUUGGAUAUAAAAUGUCAGGUGUUUAAUGCAAUGUAGUGUGCACAGCCUUUUAUAUUUGACAGAUGUGGCUGUGUUCAAAAUAGACCAUUCAUGUAUAAUCUCAAAGUAAUUAGUAUACAGCUGUCAUCAAAUUAUUCUGAUUAAACUCAAAUAAAGAUCA